AUGGCGUUCAACUCUGAUGACCUGCCCGAUGCGCCUGCAGUCGACAAGGGCUCCUGUAAGCUACUGGGCACCACAGCCCUCAUAGUGCAGGCGCUGAUGGGCGUGGUCGUCAUCAGUUCUCUGCUUUACAAACGUCACCGCGAGACCGUCAAGCGCCCAUGGCGAGUAUGGUUUUUUGACGUUUCCAAACAGAUAAUCGGCCAGGCGUUCGUGCACGGCGUUAACGUCCUCCUGUCCGACCUCGGCGCUCUCGCUCUGGCCGGCAACGCGUGCACAUACUACUUUCUCAAUAUCCUCAUCGACACCACCCUUGGCGUCGGCAUUCUCUACGCCGUCUUGCACCUUCUCACCCACCUCUUCUCCGAAACAUUACAUCUCAAGGGCUUCGAGAGCGGCCAGUAUGGAAGGCCGCCGCAGUGGAGGAACUGGGCGAGACAGCUCGGCGUCUAUGUGGCUAGUCUUACGACGAUGAAGUUGGCCGUCAUCGGACUGUUUUUUCUCUUCCCGGGGAUAUUCAAGUUGGGAGAGUGGGCGCUUAGCUGGUUGGGCGACUCGGAGCAUGGGCAGGUAGUGUUUACGAUGGGAAUCUUCCCCAUCAUCAUGAACGUUCUCCAAUUUUGGCUCAUCGACUCAAUCGUCAAAGCCUCGACCCUCCCCCCAUCAACACCCGCGCCCCGCUCACCCCUCCACCCCGAACACGAGCCUUUAUUCCAAGACCCAGACUCAGAAUCCGAAGACGACGAUCGUAGGAGACCGGAUGAUAUCGAAGCGCAGAGGGCACGCAUACCCCCCGCACCCACCCCGGUUAAACACGAAGAGCCCAGUCUCGUCGGCGGGGAUGACGAUGAUGAGACAGACAAGCACGCCGUCGCCGCCUCCGUCCGGUCAGUCGCAGGCGAGGAGGAAGAAGUCGAUCCCGCCGCCGCUCAUGCCGCGCUCGCCGCUCGUGCCCGCGAUCAAUAG